AUGUCUGAAAGAAAUGAUGCUUCUUGGAAUAAUAUGAUGUCGGGGUUUGUUCGUGCGGGCUUUUACAGGAAAUCGAUGCGGUUCUUUAAUGAAAUGAGGGAUUUUGGGGUUAAGCCAAGUGGGAUUGCUGUUGCUAGUUUGGUAACGGCCUGUGAGAGGUCAGAAUGGAUGCUUAUUGAAGGGGUUCAAGUUCAUGGCUUUAUUGUUAAAGUUGGUCUUCUGAGUGAUGUUUUUGUUGGCACUUCGCUUGUGCAUUUGUAUGGAAAUUAUGGAUUGGCUGCAGAUGCAAUGAAGGUCUUUCAGGAGAUGAUUUAUAAGAACGUAGUUUCUUGGACUGCAUUGAUGGUUGCUUAUGUGGACUAUGGAGAACCAAGCAUGGUAAUGAAUAUAUAUCGGCAAAUGAGGUCUGAAGGAAUGAGUUGCAAUGACAACACAAUGUCUUCUGUGAUUAGUUCUUGUGUGUCACUUGAAAAUGAAUUGUUGGGUUAUCAAGUUCUUGGACAUGUAAUAAAGUAUGGAUUAGAAACUAACGUUUCAGUUGCAAACUCUCUUAUAUCAAUGUUUGGUUAUAUUGGUAGCGUGGAAGAAGCUUGCUAUGUUUUUAGUGGCAUGGAUGAGCAUGACACGAUAUCAUGGAACUCAAUGAUUGCAGCAUACAUACGUAAUGGUCUUUGUAAGGAAUCAUUAAGAUGUUUUUCUUGGAUGUUCCGUGUUCACAAGGAAAUAAAUUCUACUACACUUUCAACUAUGUUAGCAGGCUGUGGUUCUGUGGAUAACUUGAAGUGGGGCAGAGGAAUUCAUUCUUUGGUGUUGAAAUUUGGAUGGAACUCAAAUGUUUGUGCAUCCAAUACUCUAAUAACCAUGUACUCUGAUGCUGGAAGAUGUGAAGAUGCAGAAUUGGUAUUCCAAGGGAUGGUGGAGAAGGAUAUGAUUUCAUGGAAUUCCAUGAUGGCUUGUUAUGCUCAGGAUGGGAACUGCCUGGAUGCCCUGAAACUUCUUGCUACAAUGUUUUACAUGAGAAGAGGAGCGAAUUAUGUGACCUUUACAAGUGCAUUGGCUGCAUGUUCAGAUCCUGAAUUUGCUACUGAAGGCAAGAUUCUUCAUGCCCUUGUAAUUCAUAUUGGUCUUCAUGAAAAUGUGAUUGUUGGCAAUGCAUUGGUUACACUGUAUGCAAAGUCUGGUCUAAUGAUUGAAGCAAAAAAGGUAUUUCAAACAAUGCCUAAGCGAGAUGGAAUAACUUGGAAUGCUCUCAUUGGUGGUCAUGCGGACAGUGAAGAACCAGAUGAGGCAUUAAAAGCAUUCAAAUUGAUGAGAGAAGAAGGUGUACCUAUAAACUAUAUUACAAUUUCAAAUGUUCUUGGUGCUUGCUUGGCUCCUAAUGAUCUAUUGGAACACGGGAUGCCCACCCAUGCUUUUAUAAUUCUGACAGGAUUUCAGUCUAAUGAAUAUGUGCAGAAUUCGCUUAUAACAAUGUAUGCUAAGUGUGGUGAUCUUAAUUCGAGCAACAACAUAUUUGACAGGUUAACUUAUAAGAAUGCUAGUGCGUGGAAUGCUAUGAUGGCAGCAAAUGCUCAUCAUGGUCAUAUGGAAGAGGCUCUGAAAUUCCUUCUGGAGAUGAGGCGUGCCGGAGUAAACGUGGAUGAGUUUAGUUUUUCUGAAUGCCUUGCUGCUGCUGCCAAGCUGGCAAUAUUGGAGGAAGGCCAGCAGCUUCAUGGUUUGGCAGUCAAACUUGGUUGUGACUCAAAUCCUUUUGUUGCAAGUGCCACUAUGGAUAUGUAUGGAAAAUGUGGGGAAAUUGAUGACGUGUUAAGAAUAAUUCCUCGACCAAUCGACCGGUCACGGUUAUCAUGGAAUAUAUUGACGUCAUCUUUUUCCAGACAUGGGUUUUUUGAGAAGGCUAAGGAAACUUUUCAUGAGAUGAUAAAUCUGGGAGUAAAACCAGAUCAUGUUACCUUUGUUUCUCUUCUUUCUGCCUGCAGUCAUGGGGGUAUGGUGGAGGAGGGUCUGGCGUACUAUGAAUCAAUGAUAAAAGAGUUUGGUAUUCCAGCAAAAAUUGGGCAUUGCGUAUGCAUUAUUGAUCUUCUUGGACGAUCAGGAAGGUUUGCCGAGGCUGAAACUUUCAUUAAGGAAAUGCCAGUGUCACCAACUGAUCAUGUUUGGCGGAGUUUAUUGGCAGCAUGUAAAACCCAUGGCAAUGUGGAGCUUGGAAGAAAAGCUGUAGAAAAUCUUUUGAAGUUGGACCCCUCGGAUGAUUCUGCUUAUGUUCUCUAUUCAAAUAUUUGUGCAACCACUGGGAAAUGGGAAGAUGUAGAGAACAUCAAGAGGCAAAUGGGAUUAAAUAAAAUAAAGAAGAAACCUGCGUGCAGCUGGGUCAAAUUGAAGAACAAGUUGAGUUUAUUUGGAAUGGGAGACCAGUCCCAUCCACAGGCUAGUGAAAUACAAGCAAAGUUGGAAGAACUUAAGAAGAUGAUUAAAGAAGCAGGCUAUGUCCCUGAUACAAGCUAUGCCUUGCAAGAUACAGAUGAAGAGCAGAAGGAGCACAAUCUUUGGAACCAUAGCGAGAGACUGGCUUUGGCAUAUGGCUUGAUCAGUUCUCCUGAAGGUUCAACUCUUAAAAUUUUCAAGAACCUUCGUGUUUGUGGUGAUUGUCAUUCUGUAUAUAAGUUUGCUAGUGGAAUUCUUGGGCGGAAAAUCGUAUUACGAGACCCUUAUCGGUUUCAUCAGUUUAGCGGUGGCCAAUGUUCAUGUACUGACUAUUGGUAA